AAAAUCGAUAGCGGAAUGGCGGACGUCGGAGGUAGGCGUGAUAAAAUUCCGGCGAAGUUUUCUCGAUUUAACUUCGCCGUUAAUCAUAAUCCGCUCCAUUUGGGCAUAAGCAAGAGUGCAUCCCGCCUGUUGCUUGGGGAAAAGUUCGACAGUUACGUCAUCGUGUCCUUAAUUCGACAAGGAGAGCCCUUGGAAUGUGGGUUUGAUGUUGAGCUUUUCGUGUGUUUACAUAUUCUCAGUGAUGACCUCGUGCGGAGGUCAAUAUCAUUGUGUCAGGUAUCUGAAAGCCCUGGAACUCUGACAUUAUAUGCAACUCAGCGGUUUCAUGAGCAUUAUGGAAUAGCUGAUUCGGAAGAUAUCUUCAUUAGAUUAGUCAAAGUGUUUCCUCUAUCAAAAGUUGUGUUUGGAGCAAGAUCAAGCAGGUGUUAUGAAUGGGCUAGAAAUCGUCUCUUCAGUACGGAGCUGCUUGUCUCGACAUGCCAGCAGAAGGUUCUAGUUCGCUCUGGUGAUCAGUUUUUGGCACCAGUAAUUCACAAAUUCAGUAAGGAUGAAACGCAAAGCCGCUCGAACUACCAGAACCUGAUUGCCCUAGAGUGUGAACCUGUAAUGCAGGGAAUCAUCUCUGUCAAUACUUCCAUCGUAAUUACGCAAGUUGAAGACACCACGUAUUCAGAUGCAGGACCAGUUAACGGAGAAGAGGACAGUAUUGAUAGGCUAUCAAAAAAUGAUCCUGCUGUAGACCUAUUUCCAGAGCCACUCAUCAUAUCUGAAUUCGCCUUCAUGAGAGACGCACCAAAGGCCUUUCAUCUGAGGCCUGUGAUCAUUCCCAAAGUCUCUGCACAUUUGACUGCAACCGUCAAUCAUUUGACAUGCAGUGAUAACCUUUGUGAGACAGAAUUGAGAGUUGGCGUCACUAAAGCCACUCUGCUUGAACUUUGUGCCUUGAGUGGCAGUUGGGUCGUGGUGUCCCUCCCCCCGGCAGAAAAUUUCGGAGAAUGUGAGAGGAAGUUGCCCGAACCAUCAGGUUCAGACCUACAAGAAAAUUUCCGUGAAGAUGAUGCAAAAUCCCCUGGAACCCUCAUCACAGCAGAUGCCGAAACUACAACAACCAUCAAAGAAUCUGCUCACUUAGCUCAGGUAUUCAUCAUUGAUCAGAAAUUUUUGGGGGCUGGUGCCGGCAAGUCAAAUGAAGAAGAUGAUGGUGAUACAUCAUACAACAGGAAAAGGCCAAAUGAAGAAGAGUUGAUUCCCGAAGAUGGCACAUUGUAUCUCUCUCCUCGACUGUGGUUUAAUCUCCAGCAUCAGCCAUCAAGACUCAUACAACCAGAAGCAGUGAUAUCUGUAUGGCUUGCCAAGGCUGAGCUGGAGCAGUGUGAGGGCAUCCUAGCCAGCUCUAGGAGCCUGUCGGCGAGCUGUCAGCCGCCACUUGCCAAGGAGCUCCAUCUCGGCUUGGUCAAAUCUCCAGACUACCCAAUGACCAGCAAAUUUGAUCUGGCCAUCAAGAAGUACUUUACUGAGACAAGGAUUGUUUCACUGGGUGACGUUUUGACUCUGAGCACCAAGGAGUUUCCAGAAUACACCCAUGAUAUAGGUGAAGGCGUGCAUACGCGCUCUCCAUUGAUCUUCUUUAAAGUGAUCAAGAUUCAACCACAGUUAGAGGGGAAGGUUUCGUACAUGGUUGACACAUUGCACACUACAGUAUUUCAGGGAGCUCCAGUUUCAAGCUACAUCCCAGCUACCAUGGAUGCCUAUAUCAACAGCAAGCUAGAGCCGAUAUGGGGAUUACCGAGUCCUGCUGGGAUCUGGAAGUAUGUAGACCAGAUAGAGGACGUCAUCGUGCCGUACUUGAUUCCAAAGUCGCAGUGCACCAGGUUGACCCCGUCCCUCCUACUUGUGGGUCCAGCGGGUUGUGGGAAGGUCACUGUGGUGAGAUCAGUGUGCCGUAGGCUCAACCUGCACUGUGUGGUGGCCAACUGUCAUGACCUCUGCGCGGACACGACAGCAUCUACGGAGGCAAAAAUCAAGAACCUGAUGUUUAAGGGUGGAAUGUGUGCCCCCUGUAUUCUGGUCAUGAGGAACAUACACGUUUUGGCUCGAGACAGAGAUGGCACAGGUGAAGAUGCCAGAGUUGUAGCCUCUUUGAAAGAGGCUAUCCAAUCACUGUCAAGUGUUCAUCAUGACUACCCAGUGGUUGUCAUAGCAACAGCACCUGCUACCAAAUCCGUACUGACAGACCUCCAUGCUUGCUUUUUGCACCACUUGGAAAUGAAGGUGCCCAAAGAAGAAGAGCGAACCGAGUUACUGCAAGCACUCUGUGAAAAGGUCGAGCUAGCCACAGAUGUGGACGUUGCAUACAUUGCCAAGAGAACUGCUGGGUUGGUGCUUGGUGACCUUUGUGCCCUGCUUUCACACACUGUCCGGUCCUCCACUUCAAGGGUCAUCAGUUCAUGCUCCAUUGGUAGCAAGUUGUCAAUCGGUGAGGAAAAAGACCUUUGUGCUGCUGGGAUACAGAUCAAUAAUGCUGACUUUGAGGGCGCUCUCAAUCAACUGCAAGCAGCCCAUGCUGAUGCCAUUGGGGCUCCCAAGAUACCCAGUGUGUCAUGGGAUGACAUUGGGGGCCUGGUAGAGGUGCGUGCCCAAAUCCUUGACACCAUCCAGCUUCCCUUGCAACACCCUGAGCUGUUUUCGGCGGGACUCCGCCGGUCGGGGGUCUUGCUGUAUGGGCCACCCGGCACUGGGAAGACACUCUUGGCUAAAGCUGUGGCAACCGAAUGCUCGCUGAACUUCUUAAGUGUUAAAGGCCCAGAGCUGAUCAACAUGUAUGUUGGGCAAAGUGAGGAGAACGUUCGAGAAGUGUUCAUGAGAGCUCGGAGUGCCUCACCUUGUGUCAUCUUCUUUGAUGAGUUAGAUUCCUUGGCUCCCAACAGGGGUAGGAGUGGGGACUCAGGUGGAGUGAUGGAUAGAGUUGUGUCACAGCUUUUAGCUGAGCUGGAUGGCCUGCAUAAGUCCACCGAUGUCUUUGUGAUCGGCGCCACAAACCGACCAGACUUGCUGGACCCAGCCCUAUUGAGGCCAGGCAGAUUUGACAAGCUGUUGUAUUUGGGUGUGAGUCAAGAUCGCACCUCCCAAGUGAAGAUUAUUCAAGCCCUGACCAGAAAGUUUGCUCUGUCCCCUGAUGUUGCUCUGGAGUUGGUCGCCGAGAAUUGCCCUCUUACUAUGACAGGAGCCGACUUCUACGCCCUGUGCUCUGACGCUAUGCUGAAUGCAGUGAAGAGAAAGGUUGGCCAACUUCAAUCAGGUGAUGCUGCAGAUGAAACCAGCGUUGUGGUGGAUGAGCAAGAUUUUCUCUUGGCAUUGGAAACAUUAGUUCCUUCAGUCUCAGAGCAGGAGCUUCAGCACUACCAGCAGCUUCAAGCACAAAUCAGCAGGGGAUUCUGAGAUACAGGAGUGUCCUGGAGAGAAGGGGAAAAAAAGAGAGAUUUCCCAAUGUCAGCUCGGAUGAAUGACUGCUUUGAAAAUUGAGGAGGCUGUCCUAAAGAUUGUGGUAACUUUUACAGUGGUUUAACGUCUCAGAAAAAAAAAUGGAUCUGAAUAUUCCAAAUGGGAGUGAUGGACAAUCUCAGUUGCAAUGGACAUUCUGCUGGGCACUCUGUUAGCAUUGGAAUGUGCAGACCAAGCACUCCAUACUCUUAGGACUGUGUUCUUUACCAAACAGCCAUGAGGGAUGGGGCCAGUUUCUGGUAAAGUACACUACAAACGCUGAUGGUUACAUGCUUUACAAAAUAGCACAUGCUGGGUGAGGGUUUUUGGUUUGGUUGUUUCUCUAAGGGUUGUAAUUUUCUUUUGGAAUUUAACACAUUCAUCUUUAACCAUAAGUACCUGUGUAAGCUUGGCAUCCUUGUGCAGACCACCAUCCAAGGAUGGUCUUGAAACACUUUUGCCAUGUUGACCUCUUCACAUCAGCAUUGGAAGCCUGUAUCUGCAGAAUUACUUACAGAUUAUACCUACAUGUAUGUUGAAACUGACUGAAAAACAGGAGUUUUCUCUGGAACACUGAGGUGAAGUAAUAAUGACGCCAUUGUGUUAAAUACUGCAUUUCUUUUCAUGUACAAAUUGGCAUGACUGCUUAAAUAAUAGAAUAUUUGUACGACAGCAUUGUUACAUCAACAAAAUACCAUAUUUGUUUGUUUUAAAGCAGAGUCAAAAGUCCAAUUGUGUUGAAAUAUGGUCAAUCGCUGUAGUAUGUCUUAGAAAUACUUAAAUUGUUUUAAAAUUAUUCUAAUUUUUGGAUACUUUGAAUCAGAUUUGAAUACUUAUCUUUAUUUUUGCUGGCAAAAAUUCUGUUCUUCUGAAUCAAAAGAGUUUUUGUUUGAAAAGCAUCAUUAAUACCUAAAUGUUGUGCACAGCACUGGGAUUUUGUGUGAAGUUAUAACUUCAUCGGUUUGCAAUUUGAAAAACAAAAAUCAUAACCCAAUGUCCCCCCAAAAAACUUGAUUACCAAGUAACAUAGCCUUACAGUGCUAAAUAUAAAUUUACAUGAUAAGGUCACUUAAUUUUUAAUAAAAACUUAAUUUUUACAGUUGAUUUUAACCUGUCAAUUUGCCUCUCUUUCUGACUGUACAUUUCAGCAUUUCAUCAUGUUUCCAUUUUCUUCAUUUUUACACAUAGACCACAGCUGGUGUACAGCAUCAAUUGAUAUGUUGUAGUUCCUUUCUCACAAUCAGCUGUAAAUUGCUGUAACUGGCAAACACAUUGGCCAACUUCAACUAAACUUGACCAUAUGAGGCAAGUUCAGUCAAGGACCAUAGUUAACCAUGGUUCGACAAACUCUGAUCUAAUGCACGCUAGUUGACGAUGGUUGGACUGGUGUAGUCAAAUAUUCACAACCAGCCUAUCGAGGUUGGUUGGAUUGUUGGUUGCCAUAAACCGUUUUUAAUAGCACAGUGCAGAGAGGACCAGUUAUAAGAAAAAUGCCGGAAAAACUGUGUGUCACUAGUAAACAAGCAUUUUUUGCUAUUUUGCCCUUGUGGCCACCUUUUCUCCUCUUCGGCUUAAUGACCCGACAGCGGUUGACCAGAGUCAACCGCACUUCAACUUCACUGCACAUGCGCUAGGUGCGUCACGGUCCAACCACUAGUUAACUAGUGGUCCUUGAUCGAACUCGCCCAUGGGUAACUGACCCAAGCCUUUUCAUUUCAUUUCUCAGGAAAUACAGACACAGGGUACAAAGCUAAGUGAAACAGCAGACUUAAACAUUUGCUAACACCCCUGAAUGAUAACCUAAAAGCAAACUCAAUCACUGUCGAGAGGGUCUCGUAAAAUGUCAACAAAUACAAACACAUACUAAAAUCACAUAGAGAUUUAUACAGACAGAACUUCGAAUUAAUAAAAUCAGCUUGUCAAUAUGGCAAGGAUACUUAUAAUCAACUUUGCUGGUUAGUUUAGGCAAGAUUGCACUGAGGUUUGUUGGAAAGUAGUUGGCAUUAUUAAGAUUGAGAAAUGCAUGUAUAAUAAUGUUAAAGUUGUGUUGCUGUGGUUAUAUUAACAGGUCGUAAAAAUGACAUAAUAAUUCUGGGCAAAAUGAAAUCUUUAUACUUGAGGUGGGUAAUUAAAAGUUCAUGUAGUACAUGAAUUAUUUAUAAUUUAAAUCAGCUUGUCAAUAUGGCCUAAUUAUUUAUAAUUUACAAUAAAAAUGCUGAUAUCCAUGGACGAACUUCAUACAAUGCUACUAUCAGGGGAAAGCCAGAGGUUUCUCAGUUAAGGUCAAAGGCAAUUUCAUCAGCAACAUCAACGGGUAAGGUAUCCCACAAUCUGGGAAACCUGACUAAUAAUGAAUUAUGAAAUACUUGUGUACGUGAGGAGAAGUGAAUAAAUUUGACCCUGUCGAGAUGCCUCUUGUUAA